AUAUUUGACAUUGUAAACUUCAAUACAUCAAUGUAUAUUAAACCUGAUCUAACAAAUUAAAUCUAAAAUAUGAACGGGUACAACCAUUAACAUCUACACGAACCAAAAUAAAGAAAUGGCUCACAAAUCCAUUAAUUUAAUCUGAUACAUUUUCCGCGAUAUUUUGAUUUGCAAACCGCUAAUCAAGAUGGAUGACAAUGAAGGCUAUGAGCGUGAUGAAUUAGAUGACAUAAUAGAUGGAAGUGACAGUGAAACAUCAAUAUCAAGAUCAACGACUGCCUCAAGCAUCGCUUCCAGCAUGUACGAUAAAUGCCACUUCAUUCUGGAACUUCACGAUUUAAAGAAAGACAAGCAAACAGUUGAAAAACGGCCGGACUCGAGGGUUAAAAAGUUAAAGAAGAAAACCAAAAGUCCGGCUUCCACUAAGAAAUCUGAAAGCAGUGAUUCGAGCAGUGGAAACGAUGAUUAUACGCUUACACAAUCACACGUAUCUAAGGAACAGUUCUUUGAUGCACAUGAAAGCUAUUAUGGUCUACCCGACAAAGACCCCAAUCGAAAUCAAAACAAUAUAAGGGAUAUUAAUAAAGUAAAAGAAAUUAGAGUUAUAACAACAGGACAUUCAGACCGACAUCCACAUCUACCGCAAAUAGGAGUAAAGAUUCCUGAAUCCAUUGAAAAAGAAAAACUCAAACCCGAUGAUAUUAAUCAAGCAACGAAUGUAAAGAUGUAAACUAUAUGAAAUAGUGGUCAAACUAAGCAUAUGAAAAAUUAAUUAUAAAUGAAACCACAGAAGAUCUUUGACUAAACAACAAAUUUGAAGCUUUUCCAGAAAUUAAAAUUUUACGAAAGUAACAAUAUAAGAGAAUAGCUGUACUAAUAACUCAUUUUUUUUUAAUUUUUAUGAAAAUUGAAGAAGCUAAU